GAGAAGAUGGCCGAGGAAAAUCAAACCGAGCAAGUUACGGAGUUGACUCCUGUGGGACUGACAGAGAACCCACGACUCCAAGGGCCUCUGUUUGUCCUGUUCCUCCUCAUUUACUUCAUCACGCUGGCAGGGAACCUGGGCAUGGUUGCGCUGAUCAGGAGCAGCAGCCAGCUUCAAUCACCCAUGUACUUUUUCCUUAGCAAUUUAUCUGUCCUAGAUGCUUGCUACUCAUCGGUGGUGGCGCUGAGGACAUUAAUGGACCUUCUGAUGGAGAAGAAAACAACCUCUCUAGCCGGCUGCACCGCCCAGCUUUUUUUUUUCAUAGCUUUUGGGACCACCGAGUGCUUCCUUCUUGCUGCGAUGGCGUACGACCGCUACGUGGCCAUCUGCGACCCUCUGCUUUACCCGGCCAUCAUGUCUCACAGGGUCUGCACCCUGCUGGUGGCCGGUUCCUGCGUGCUUGGCCUGCUGCACUCUUCGGUACACACGGACUUCACCUUCAGCCUGUCUUUCUGCCGGCCAGCGAAGGUCAACCAUUUCUACUGCGACCUCAUGACUAUUCUAGCGCUCUCCUGCUCCGACACCCACGUCAACAGGUGUCUGAUGUUCGGCCUCGCGGGACUGGUGGAGAUGGUGACCAUCUUGGCUGUCCUGGGCUCCUACGCCUUCAUCCUCUCUGCCGUCUCAAAGAUCAGCUCUGCGGAGGGCCGCAAAGCCUUCUCCACCUGCACCUCUCACCUGGCUGGAGUCACCAUCUUCCACGGGUCUAUCCUCGCCCUGAACUUCCGACCAAGGUCCAGCGACACCCUGUGCACGGACAAGAUCUUUGCUGUGUUUUACUCACUGGUGGUGCCCAUGCUGAACCCCCUGAUCUACAGCCUCAGGAACAGGAGGUGA